AUUAUAUCUAUAAUCUUGUUAGCAUAUGUGAAAAGUUGUUAAAUCUUCAUUUUCAUAAAUAGCCGAUAUCUGUUGCUGUAAAAAUGCAAAUUAAAAAACUGUAAUGUAAAUGCAAUUGUAAACGUUGUAAAAGUCGAUUCAUCAUAAAGCGCAUUGAAAAAUACAAAACUACUUUCAUCGCACGGCUGCACUAUAACGGUUGUACUAUUGAUUAGUGAUGCACAAGCAACACAUUUUUUAGGCUUCACCACAUCCCUUGAGGGAGUUCAUGAGUUUAGUACAUUCUAUCCCCUACUUUGCCUAUACGUCGUAUACAGGUGUAAGGAAAAGAAAGGAGAGAACGAAGGACGAGGAAACGUCGGAGUUGCUGCAGUUAGCUCGAAUCUGAACAAACUUCUCAUCAAGCGAUCAACUUGAGCGUCGUAACACGCGCGAUUGAUUCAAUUAAUAUAUCCCCGACUCUUGUCGACCUUUUUCUCGACAAGGAAUCAAUUCUCGCAGAAUGGAUCUAAACGAGGAGGAUGAGAGCGUGAAUGAAAGCGGCAGGCAGUUAUUUCUGGUCACGGGUGCGCCGCGCGAUCCUCUGGUAUCAGCCAGUGCAAUCGUAGCAUCGGCAGCAAGUGUCCCGGAUGAUAUCAACCAGAGUGACGAUCUGCAGUCGAGCGCCUUGGCCAGUCUGAUCGGCAGCGCGCAAUCCACCUCGGUUUGCUUCCCUACGAAAUUCACGUAUGAUUUCUCGACUAGUUCUGAAAGCGAAGAGAGGCCGUCUUGCGUCAUCGGCAAGAGAAAGCAGCGUAGAUACCGCACCACAUUUUCCAAUUUCCAACUAGAGGAGUUGGAACGUGCUUUUCAAAAGACACAUUAUCCGGACGUAUUCUUUCGCGAGGAGCUCGCAGUUCGUAUCCAAUUGACAGAAGCUAGAGUACAAGUAUGGUUCCAAAAUAGGAGAGCGAAAUGGCGCAAGCAGGAGAAGCAAUGUAAAAUCGCGACUCACGUGACGUCACAUUUACCACCGUCGGAUUGUCAAGAUGUACAGCAACAACACCAAUCGCAGCAACAGUCAGAUCAUCUGUUAUUGGAAUCACCAUGCAGUCCACCUCCUAUAUACCUCGGCAUGGAAUGGGCAGGUUUCUCUCCUUACAACAACGCAGACAGCGCGUCACCCCUUAUCGUGAAUAAGCCACCGGAUGCAGAAACUGACAAUAAUUCACUGCUCGAUCCAGAAUUAUUACAACUAAAACCUCCACGUUCCUAAUAAUAUAUUAAGAUUAUAUAUAUAACAUAUAUAACACAUAUUUUAUUCACAAUAUUGAUAACACUCCACGUUUUCUGAGAAGAGAAAGAGUUACGUGAUAUAUUAGAUAUAAUGUAAAGAAUUUGUAAUAAUUUUAAGCAAUGAAAAUAUUUGCUAUAAAAUU